CUGCUUGGUUUGAAUUCACCUCGACGUUUGACUUCUGAGGGGGUUUUACAGUACUUUUGGAAACUUAUGGAUCAAAGAUAUUCCGAUAUGUACGGGCCAAAAGAAUUAUGAAUUUACGACACAUUGUGAAAAAGGCGGCCGAACCGGCUGAAUUAACUCUGUAGUCCAUCAUCCUACAAAACUAUAUUAGGUAGAACUGAAAGUGAGCCAUGCCGGCGCGGCCGCCGCCGGGCAAGAGUCUUCUGGCCAAAUGGAGCUCGCCAUUUAUCGGCGACUACAACUGCUGCCGCCACUGUCGUUUACAUAGUAGAAGAAUGACUUCACUAGUGGUCUCUUCUCACCACCAACGUCCUCUUAGAUACGCCGUGCUUGGUGCUGGCUUUGCUGGUCUCUCAGUCGCUUGGCAUUUGUUGAAAGAGAGUGCUAAGGAGUUGAGUGUAUGUGUUGAUAUAUAUGAUGAGAUUGGCAUAGGAGGUGGUGCUUCUGGAGUAUCAGGAGGACUCCUCCAUCCUUAUUCUCCUAAAGCUAAGCUUCUUUGGCGGGGUGCUGAAUGUUGGAAAGAGACUUUAAAACUUUUAAGCAUUGCAGAAGCAGCAAUUGGUUUAGAAGAAGCAAAUUCAGAAUUGGAGGAAUCUGGUCAAGAUUUGAGUGAAUUUGUCAUAAGGAGAAGGGGCAUCUUGCGGCCUGCAACAAAUAUGAAGACUUUGAAUACAUUAAAUGAUAAUGCUCAGAACUGCCUUUCCAGUUGCAGAAUAGAGACUAUUGAUAAGGAUUCUGCCCAAAGACUUGUUCCCAAUUUAUGUGUCCCUUUGAACACAGCCUUUUAUAUGCCUGAUGCUGUCAAUGUUCAUCCCCAGCACUAUCUUCAGGGGCUAUUCUUAGCAUGUAAAAAUCUAGUGAAGGGAUUGUCCAGUUCUGGUUUUGGAAGGAAAGAGUUGUAUCUCCACCAAAAAUCCAUUAGUAAUCUCCUGGAAUUGAAAGGAGAAUAUGACGCUGUGAUUGUAUGCAUGGGUGCCAAAGCAGACAUGCUUCCAGAGCUCUCUGGUAGGCUUCCAUUGAGAACAUGCCGGGGAGUCAUUGCUUGCCUGCAACUACCUGGUGGUAUAGGGCAAGAGUAUCCAGAUGAUGGCCCAUCAAUAUUGGCAGAUGCAUGGCUGGCUGUCCAAGGGACUCGCAGUCUGUAUGUGGGCUCAACAUGGGAAUGGAAAUCAAGAAAUUCAUCACCAAAAGUCUCUGUGGAUGAAGCUUCAAAAGCCUUGGAAGAACUUCUGCCAAAGGCAUCUUCCAUAUAUCCAGGCAUAACGAAUUGGUCUUUCACUGAAGCUAGGGCAGGCUUGAGAGCAAUGCCACCACUUACAGUCAAUGGAUCACUUCCCCUUCUGGGUUGUAUUGAAGACCUUAUAGGUAAAACUCAGACCUGUAAAUACUGGCUAUUUGGAGGACUUGGUUCAAGAGGCUUAUUGUACCAUGCCUGGCUUGGGAAAUUAAUGGCACAGGCUGUGCUUUCCUGUGAUGAACGCAUAAUCCCACCUGAACUAACUGCAUGGAAGAAAAUAAAUCGAUAGUUAACUAGA